AUGCUAGAACUAGUGAUCUCUCCCAGCCUUACUGUAAACAGCGAUCGUCCGGGUAAACUGAAGGUUAACUGUGCCGACGCUGAUGUCUGGACUCUGAGUGACAUAGAAGGCAUCACUACAUCGGCUCUGAGUGUGUCCCAGCUCUUUGCAAGACCUUGCCCACGUGUCCUGCACAGCCAGCAUCCCACUGCCAUGGCAGCCUACGGCCAGACUCAGUACAGUGCGGGGAUCCAGCAGGCCACCCCCUACACAGCUUACCCACCUCCAGCACAAGCCUAUGGAAUCCCUUCUUACAGCAUCAAGACAGAAGACAGCUUGAACCAUUCCCCUGGCCAGAGUGGAUUCCUCAGCUAUGGCUCCAGCUUCAGCACCGCCCCCACUGGACAGAGCCCGUACACCUACCAGAUGCACGGCACUGCAGGGAUCUAUCAAGGAGCAAAUGGACUGACCAACGCAGCUGGCUUUGGAACUGUGCACCAGGACUAUCCUUCCUACCCCGGCUUCCCACAGAGCCAGUACUCCCAGUAUUACAGCUCGUCCUACAGCCCUCCUUACGUCCCGGCCAGCAGCAUCUGCUCCUCUCCCCUCUCCACGUCCACCUACGUCCUGCAGGAGGAACCUCACAACGUCCCCAGCCAGAGUUCUGAGUCGCUUGGUGGUGAAUAUAACACGCACAAUGGACCUUCCACGCCAGCAAAAGAGGGAGACGCAGACAGGCCGCACCGGGCCUCUGACGGGAAGCUCCGAGGCCGGUCUAAGCGGAGCAGUGACCCCUCCCCAGCAGGCGACAAUGAGAUUGAGCGUGUGUUCGUGUGGGACUUGGAUGAGACAAUAAUUAUUUUUCACUCCUUACUCACGGGGACUUUUGCCUCCAGAUACGGGAAGGACACCACGGCGUCCGUGCGCAUCGGCCUCAUGAUGGAAGAAAUGAUCUUCAACCUCGCAGAUACACAUCUGUUCUUCAAUGACCUGGAGGACUGUGACCAGAUCCACGUGGACGAUGUCUCAUCCGAUGACAAUGGGCAAGAUUUAAGCACCUACAACUUCUCCGCUGAUGGCUUCCACAGUUCGGCCCCGGGGGCCAGCUUGUGCCUGGGCUCUGGUGUGCACGGUGGCGUGGACUGGAUGAGGAAGCUGGCCUUCCGCUACCGGCGAGUGAAGGAGAUGUACAACACCUACAAGAACAACGUCGGCGGCUUGAUAGGAGCUCCCAAAAGAGAGACAUGGCUACAGCUCAGAGCCGAGCUGGAAGCUCUGACGGACCUCUGGCUGACCCACUCCCUGAAGGCACUAAACCUCAUCAAUUCGCGGCCCAAUUGUGUCAACGUGCUGGUCACCACCACUCAACUAAUUCCUGCCCUGGCCAAAGUCCUGCUGUAUGGCCUGGGCUCCGUGUUUCCUAUUGAGAACAUCUACAGUGCAACGAAGACAGGGAAGGAGAGCUGCUUUGAGAGGAUAAUGCAGAGAUUCGGCAGAAAAGCCGUCUACAUCGUGAUUGGCGAUGGCGUGGAAGAGGAGCAGGGGGCGAAAAAGCACAACAUGCCUUUCUGGCGGAUAUCCUGCCACGCGGACUUGGAGGCGCUGAGGCACGCCCUGGAGCUGGAGUAUUUAUAGCAGAACCCGCAGCCUCGCCACCUGCCAUCAGAGAGGCAGCCCACCCGCCCAGGCCCUCGGUUUUCCCCACCUCCCCUGCCAGAUGCAGGGUCCCUCCCGCCAAGAGGACGUGUCCGGUGACCAUCUCAGAAGCUGUCCUUUCAGUCCCAACGCGGGUCCAGAGGAACAAAGUACCCAGCAGUGGCUUUGGAAUAUUUAACUUUGGGGAAAAGGGCUGGCUCGGAGUCCAGGCUUUUCUGCAAGACUCACAAGCAAGGAAUUCCUGAUUUGGGGGAGGGCUGGCGAUGAGGAGGGGACAGGCUCUUUUUUUUUCUCCACUUUAAUUUAUGGACUAAUCUCAUUACUCUGGUAUUACGCUCUUGUACCUGUGUUGUUGGUUUUUGUUUUCUCAGCUGGCAUGUGGGGCAGUGCACAGCUCUAAUUUAAGCCUCUCUGCUCUGAGUUGUGCUUUGAGGGGACAAUCAUUCUUUGAACAGAGGGAGGCGAUUUGGGGCUGUGGGGAAGACUAUUGCUUAUUUUUGUUUUUAAGGACGUAACCUGAUGUCGUGUGGACAGUGCACGUGCCUUAUGCUGCCAUCUUGUUUUCUAGGAAGAGGGGACCCUGGGGAGGAGGCAGUACUUUGUGACGGAAAAAGGCAUUAAAUAAAACCACGUUUACAUUUUGAAGUGGGGUAGAGUGUCACUACUUUAUUACUGCUUUGGAGGCUUCUGAAUUUGUUGGUGUUUUCCAGAACCUUUUCAGUUACGGAAGUAUAAAAUCCGACUCAAACUGCCUUAAGCCAAAGAAAAAAGCAAAUCAUCUCCAGGAACUUUGGGUAAUAACUGUCUUCAGCCAUAGCUGGGUCCAGGUGAUCGAGUGACUUUCUCCUGUGCAGUUUUACUUCUCGGGCAGGCUCUUCCCUGUGUGGCAAAGGCAGCUCCAAGAAUCUUUCGGUAAAACCAUACCAGCAGAAAGAGAGCACUUUCUGCACAGGGGCUCUAGCGAAAGCCCCAAGGUUGUGUCAAACCUGAGUCGUGAGCUGCCCAUGGAGCUGGAUAGGGUUCAAUCUCUCAUGAGCAGAAAGCUGGGGAGAGCUUGUCUCCCAAAGGAGGAAUCAGCGAGCUACUCCUAAAAGAACUGGGGAAAAUGGGGGUUGGGAUGGAAACUAGAACUGACUUCCAUGCCAUGGGUAGGACUUUAUUUUCCAGCGGAUGAGCCCAGGAUCCGGUGUAGGGAACAGGGAGGGACAUCUGGAGAAGUCCCAAGGACAUCUUCAGCUCUGUUGCUGCCCACAGAGUUCCAAGCAGGGCCUCGAUCCAUUUGAUUGGAUGCUAAGCCUAACUAUAGGCUUCUCCCUCUAUUCAUGCUGGUGAAAUCCAGGGUCACCAGCUGGCUGGCAUCCAUGUCAGCGGAUGACUGGAGUCUCAGAGCUAGAAUCUGAUAGAUGGAAAGUCAUCACCAAGGGUGAGACAGACUCCCUGGCGAGGCUCUGAGCUCCCUGGGGGCAGGCGCUGUUGGUUUCGUCUCUGUAUUUCCCCAAACCAAGCACGAGUGUCAUCCUUGGAAUCAGUCUACAGAGUGGAUACUGACAUAAAUUGGAAUCCCAUUACAGAUGACGUGGAAGGAAGGAUGAAAGUAUAAUUGGAAUCAUAGUUAGGUAACUGGGUGAAUGGAUACUUGUAAAAAUGGCUGAAUAGAUGUCUAAACGGGUGGGUAGAUGGACGGCUGGUUAGAUGACUGGGUGCUUGAGUGAUCUGAAGGUGGAUGUUUAGCAAGGUGACUGGAGAACGGAUGGAUAAAUGGAUGGAUAAUUGUGGGGAUGACUAGACGGAUAGCUAUAUAGAUUAUGAGUGGACGGAUGACUGAAUUGAAGACUGAAUGGUCGUAUGGUGAGAUGAAUGGAUAGAUAGUUGACGGAUGAGUGAAUGGUUGCAUGGCUUUAUGGAAAGAUGUAUAGAUGGUUAAGAGGGUGAGCGAGUGGCUAAAUGAAUGAAUGGAUGUUUGAAUGAGUAGUUGGAUGGAACGACUGAUGGUUGAUGGGUGAUUGACAGUAAUACUGUGAUGGCUGGAUAUGUGGGCGCAAGAAUGAUGCAACAGUUAAAUGGAUGGAUGGUUAAAUGGAGGUAAAGAAUCCCUAGAGUUAGUUGCCUAGAACAUGUGGGUCAGCCUCACUAUUACUUGCCUACUUAGAUUUUCUGUAAUGAGUGGAGGAGUUUUACUGGAUGAAUUGACUUCUGGCUGGAGUAGAGAAAGGGACUGGAGCAGAACCUCCCAGGGAGUCAGCCAUGUGAACGCUCCUGGAUCCUCCCUGUCUCCCCAUUGUUUGGUACCCCUGCUACUCAGGCACCCACUUGUAAUCAUGCGCUAUCCAGGCCUCCCUUUCCGCCACCAUCAAAACCUGCUGUCAGAAAAAAUUCUGUUUAGGGAGAUUGGUUCAAGAUGGCAGAGUAGAAGGACGUGCUCUCACG